UAUCUUAUAUCAUUGUGUCAUUACGUGCUCGGGAUUUGAAAUCUAAGGCUUAGUUCGAAGUUCAAGAUAUUUAACUGAAUAAAUACACAAUGAUAAGUGUGCGUAAAUAAACGAUAUAAAUAUUAUAAUCAAAGGUUUACUACUAUAGAAUGGAAGAAACAACACGGGUACAAGAAGUACGAGUACGGACAGUAUAUAGACACAGCAGUACUAGCAGUAGUAGUGGCAGUAGUGUGGUUGGUGUGGAGCAUGGAACGACAUGUGCGAUCGGCAUGCAGUAGCUAGCGUUUGUAUUAUGAAUUUAAAACAAUCGCAGAUUGUACUGGAGAACACAAUUAAUGACAUUUAUUAUUAUAAUGUAUCUAUCUACUGACAUUUGUGUUUCUUAAUGAAAACAAAUUUUAUUAUUAGAGAACUCGUGAUUAUUGUGCGUAUUGAAGGUUACGUGUGACGUAUGUACUGUGCGGAGGAUUCCUUUUGUAAUAUUAUCGCAUUGAGAAUAUAUGAAUGAAGAUGUUUAUCGACAUUUGAUUCUUAUCGUCAAUGAAAUUGUAAUAAACCAUUAAUAAUGGCAUCUGGCAAGCCAGGCAAUUCGAGCAAUUCGGUACCGUCGAACGUUCGAAUUAAAACAGAAUCUGGCACAUCUAUGCCUGUGCCUUUAACGAGCAUUAAAACGGAGCCUGGCUUAUCAAGUACAACUAGAUUAACUUCGUUUCGUUUGCCAAGGGAUUUAACAUUAGGAGGUAGCAUAAAGACUGAGAAAUCUAAGAAAGUAUAUAUUCCAAAUUUAAAUGCUCAGAGGACAAAGAAGAAGGAAGAAUCAGUACAAAAUGAUCCUACAAAAUCGACCAGAGGCAGAGAUCACAAGGGGCAUGGUAGAGGCAGUACAGAUAGAGGACGUGACAGAGGUCGUGGAAGAGGUUCUAGCAACUUAAUUCAAUCUAGUGGUAUCUGGUCUACUGGAAUCACAGCAACAACAGGGAAAAAAAGUAGCAGUGGAUUCAGAGAUACUGAUAGAGAUAGUAGAAGUAGUCAAACACAUCUGGAAAGACCAAAAUUAGACUUGAAUCGCAGUAUUAACAAAGCUGAAGAAGAAGAAAAAAUAAAACUGCUAUUAAAAGAUGACUUUCUCGAUGAUGGAGAACCUAUGAAUAUUGAAAAUAGUCCUGUUAUAUUGCCAAUGAUCAAGGAAGCAAAGUUAUGUAAAGAAGCUAAAGUAAAAGUUGAGGAAGAUGAAACGGAGGAGGUUGACAAAAAGCCUAUUAUUUUGGAAAAUGGAGAAGCAAUGUCACCAAGAAAGGAACCUAAAGUGAAAAUAUCGAAAACAGAUACAGAUGAAGUAGAUGAUAUUCCAAAAAUAGCCGAAAACAAGACUAAUUCUUAUAUUUUAAUGCAGUUUCCAGAUUGUUUGCCAGGUUUAGUCAGCAGUGCAGAUGAUGCUAGACCAACUCGAUCAAAUGCUACAAAUUGCGAAAAAGAGAAUUAUAAUAAAUCUAAACUGGAAUUAUGUACCUUAAACAGCCUAAAAUCUGGCAUUUUAGGUAAAUUACAGAUCUUGAAAUCAGGCAAAGCACGCUUAUUGUUGGGUGAAAAUAAUCUAACAAUCGAUGUUGGUUCGCAUCUUAGUUUUCGACAGGAUCUUAUAGCGGCGAAAGUAGAUACUGAAAAGUUAACUGGUGAUCUCGUUAAUCUCGGGCCUGUGAACAGUACACUUAUAUGUUCGCCAGAUUGGGAAUCAAUGCUGGCCAAGCUGUAAAUAUAUUUGUAGUUUUAUUGUGUAUUUAAUAUUAUGGAGAAUACAUGAUUGUGAUGAUUUAUACAUUA